ACAAAAAAAAAACCAAAUAGCGCAUUGUUUUGCUUAUUGUCAGUGUGAAAAUUGUUGUUGUUGUUGUUGUUGGCGCCUUUGGGCACUCAAUUAAGCCCAAUUCCAGGCAGCCAAACGCAGCACACACUCACACACCACACACACACACACACACACACACACACAGGACACCAGCGGUGUCUGUUGGUGUCUGCUGGCGGUCGUCUGGCGGGGGCGUCUCCGCUCCGGUCUUGUCUUGUGGCCCGGCGAUUGAGUUGAUGUAACAAUGAAACUGAGCGUCAGCGCGUAUCGGGCGCAUGCAUCCGCACACAAGAAGAUCCUCUCCAGCGGCUAUCACUCGCAGCUCAAUUACGGCAGCACUGGCGCCGCCGCCGCCGCGUCCUCCUCCUCAUCGUCGGCAGCAGCGGCGGCCACUGCAACGGGCCUAUAUACGAUGGAAACGCAUGCAAAGGAUAUGGCCAGGCUCGACUGCAACAGCGACACGGACGUCAUCAGCCCAACGGGCACCAGCAGCUCCGGCGGAGGAGGCGGCGGCGCCAGCAAUGCGCCAGCGGAUGGCGGCCAUCACAAGCGACACCACAAAAGCGGCAGCGCCUCGGCAGCGGCUGCGGCGGCGGCAGCGGCUGCCGCAUUGGCCAACGAUGAUGACAAUAACAGUGCGGCGCAUUCAUCGGACAGCAAGAGUCCCAGUCAGCGGAAAUCGCGUAUCGGAGAUGGAGCCUCAGAUCCAGAUUCCGAUUGGACACGCUCGAACCAACGCUGGAUGAAACUGCGCACCACCGUACAAAUCUCAUCGGCCAUACAGAAGAAACCACCGCUCAAGCGCGAAGACUCAUUCCUGAAGCGUUUCUCAACUAGACAGAUACCCGAAACACAGGAAACUGUUGAAGACACGGGUUCAGAAAGUGCCUCUGGUGACGUCGACAAAACGGUUAAGCGUAGACGACGCUAUCUGCAGAAACGACGCUCCGUUGUUAAUCCAGAUGAAAAUUUUUACUUCUAUUGGUUAAUGAUGGUAACUAUAUGUGUUCUCUAUAAUCUAUGGACCCUAAUUGUGAGGCAGAGCUUUCCUGAACUGCAGCAAUCUGUGCCUACCUUUUGGCUCAUCUGCGAUUCAAUGACAGAUGUUGUAUUUAUCUUAGAUAUAAUAGUUCAAUUACGCACAGGCUAUCUGGAGCAGGGCCUAAUGGUAUACGACGACAGGAAGCUGGCCUGUCACUAUGUGCACUCGCGUGAGUUCAUCUUUGAUAUGAUAGCGCUGAUACCAUUGGAUCUGCUCCAGCUGAAGAUGGGCACACAUCCGCUUUUGCGUUUUACGCGCUUUUUUAAAGUAUAUCGAUCUGUGAGAUUUUAUUACAUCGUAGAGAGUAGAACAGUUUGGCCAAAUUUAUGGCGCGUUGUUAAUCUAAUUCAUAUCCUGUUAAUAUUGGCCCAUUGGUUCGGUUGUUUCUAUUUUUUACUCUCCGAAGCGGAGGGCUUUCAGGGUGAUUGGGUCUAUCCCUAUAGACCGGGUGACUAUGCGACGCUGACGCGCAAAUAUCUGGGCAGCCUUUAUUGGUCCACCCUAACGCUGACCACAAUUGGCGAUCUGCCGACGCCGGAGACGAAUGCAGAACCGAACUUUUCGGUGGACGGCCCCCGAUCAAUACCAAGGCGUGGCAUCAAAUCACGACUGCUACAGUUUGGCUCCAGCUAUGGAUAUAUUUUUACGAUCGUUAGCUAUUUGAUUGGGGUUUUUAUCUUUGCGACCAUUGUGGGCCAAGUGGGAAAUGUGAUAACAAAUCGAAAUGCCAAUCGGUUGGAAUUCGAGCGUCUACUCGACGGGGCCAAGACCUACAUGAGGCAUCACAAGGUGCCCGGCGGGAUGAAGCGGCGGGUCCUGCGCUGGUAUGACUAUAGCUGGUCGCGGGGUCGCAUACAGGGCGGCGGGGAUAUUAACACUGCGUUGGGCCUGUUGCCCGAUAAAUUGAAAACCGAAUUGGCCUUACACGUUAACCUAAGCGUAUUGAAGAAGGUGACCAUAUUCCAAGAGUGCCAGCCGGAAUUUCUGCACGAUCUGGUGCUGAAAAUGAAGGCAUAUAUCUUUACGCCGGGCGAUUCAAUCUGUCGCAAGGGCGAGGUGGCUCGUGAAAUGUUCAUUAUAGCCGAUGGCAUUCUGGAGGUGCUCAGCGAGACGGGCAAGGUCCUCACCACCAUGAAGGCGGGCGAUUUUUUCGGUGAGAUCGGUAUACUCAAUCUGGAUGGCCUGAACAAACGCACCGCGGAUGUGCGCUCCGUGGGCUACUCGGAGUUGUUUUCGCUAUCACGCGAGGACGUGUUGGCCGCCAUGAAAGACUAUCCGGACGCACAGGAAAUACUGCAGACUCUCGGACGCAAACGCCUCAUGGAGGUGCGAUGCGUGAACAAGAAAUAUGCCAAGGCGCAAAGUGACAAGGAGGCUGCUGCCUAUGCCGCCGCCCAUCCGCAUCAUCCACAUGCUCCACAUGCUCAUCCGCACCAUCAUCAGGUGCAUCAGAGCGACAGCAGCGAGAACAGUGCCUCCAAGAAAAUAGUGGACAAGCUGAAGCACGAUGUGAAGGGCUUUCGCAAUGUCCUCAAAAAGUCCAGAACCUCACGCAAGAGCGAUGAAUCACUGGAAAUGCAACCGCUGCACAAUACCUCGCCGCGUGGCAGCAAGAUAAUGCUGAAGCGCAUGUCACGCGUGCGCUCCGAUGACAAGGAUGCGGAUAGCGCCGAGGCGAAGGAUGAGCUGCAUGACAAGACGCCCAGCCCGAUUGGGGCCGGCCUGCCGCUGCUGCAGCGCCUGCGUCUGCUCAAGGAGAAGCAGGAUCGCGAAGAGCGAGCUGUUAAGUCCACACCACCACAGAAAUCUCCACCUCACUCACAUGUAACGUGUACGUUAUCGCCGCAGGAAUCGAUACAGGAAGAGCCCGAACGCGAGUUUAACGAGGGCUUUCCCCUGAUCCAGAGAUUGCAGCAGUUGAAAAUUAAAAACGAGCCACAAAUUAACGCCAUCAACGAGUCCGGCGUCGUCAUGGCACACACGCCGCCCAACAUCAGCAGCAAGGUGGACUUUGGAGCAGCAGCAGGUGUGGCAGCAGUUGGUGCGACAGGUGGUGCAGGCACAGCUCAAACGCUAACCGUCGCCCAAAUCAAGCCCAUCAUGAAGGUCUCAUUCAAGCAGAAGAUACAACAGCUGCAGGGCGUGGUGCCGACCGUGGCAAGCGCCAGCAGCACCGCCAGCAGCACCGCCAGCACCACCGGCGCCAUAGCCAAAAAGGAGCCACCCAAAUCGCUGGCUGUGGUGGCCAAGCAUGCGAGCACAGGUCUGCCAUCGUUGGAGACGGCGGCUCUUGCUGGCGCAGCUGCGUUGGGCGGUGGCCAGCCGUUGGUCAGCGGCAUGUCGAGGAAAGUGAUAAAACCGUCCCAGAUGCUGGUCACACCGUUGCAGUCGGAUACGGAUACGGAUGGUACGCCCAUCAAGCCCUGGUCCAAGCUGAAGCUGGCCACACUGAUGUCAGCCAGCUACACGAGCCUAAACAACUGCUCGCCGGACGAUCUGGCAACGCCGCUAAAGAACUAUUCACUAAGCAAUAUACCGCAGCACAUGGAGGGCACGGCAAACGCUCGACCACGGCAUCACAGUGCGCGCAGCUCACGCUCGCCGCGUCACGCACACGCACAAGCUCAUGGUCACGGUCAAGGUCACGGUCAAGGUCACGGUCAAGGUCACGGUCAAGGUCAUGGUCAAGGUCAUGGCUCCAGCUCGAGCACGUGCUCAUCGAGCGCCCGGAGCACAUUGAGCAGCACAGGCGAAUGCCAAAGACUGCAAAAACCGGAACAGCAGCUGCCCGAGGUUGAAGCAAACGGCCAGAAGCUCUAUCAAAGCGUUUUCGAUCUUUCGCCGGAAUAUUGUGGACUGCCGUUCGUGAAGCGCCUGAAGAUACUGAACGAGCGCCAGAAGCUGGCCGAACUGGAGAAAGCUCUGCAGACGCGCAGCUUCAGCCUGGACUGCUCGAAGUCGACAAGCAAUAACAACGAAGUGCCCAUAACGGAGUCAUUAUAUCGCUGCUAUAGCGACACCUCCGGCAUCUACUCACAGUUUCUGAGCGCCUACGAGUCCACCACCAGCUCCACAUCCAUUUCGACCAAUACAUCCGCAUCGGAUAGCAAUUCCAAGCCGUAUGCCCAGCCGCAUGCCCACCAGCUGGAGUAUAUGCCCCUCAGCCCGGAAUCGAAUGAGACCGUCGAACGGCGCAAACUGAAAAGCAUAUUGAAGAAGCUUCAGAAGGGUGGUGCAGCUGAUCAAGCUGGUGGUGCUGGUGGUGGUGGUGGUGGUGGUGGUGGUGGUGCCGCCGAUGGUGAUGCCCAAGACGAGGCGAAUGCCAAGGCCAAGGGCAGUAGUGCACUAUCGAGGGGGCUGCUCAUGGAGCCGACCUUGGAAGGGUACGUGGCCAGGCACAGUAAGCUCUUGAAGAGUGUAACCUUCCAUUCAACUCUUUCCAGCCCGCCCCCCAGUGCCAAAGAGGAGCUGCACUUCGCUGCCCUCGGUGGUGGUGCUGCUGCCUGCCCAAACAAUUCGCAAUACGCGAACGCGAAUGCAAACGCGCUCGCGCUCGGUACGGUCACGGUAACGGGUAACGGUACAGAUAAUAAUAAUAUGGCAACGCCAACAGCGCCACGGCCAGCGAACAUAAUGCUGCCAGAUCCGUCUGUCUGGUCGCCGACGUUGGCAUUGGUAACGCCAACGAAUUCGCCGCAAGAAUGUUUCGCAUUUGAGCCGCAGUUGGGCGGCGGCGUAAUCGCUGGCGUUGGCAACGGCUCAACGUCAAUCGCAUCCGCAUCGGCAUCCGCAACGACAUCCGCAACCGCAUCCGCAACCGCCUCAUAUGUGGUCGAGUGCUCCGCGUCGAACCAGAUACUCUCACAGAAUACCGAAUUUCAUGCACAAUCGACAACAUCCACAGAUUUGAAUUUGAAUUUGCAGCUCCGGCAGAACACGAUGAAUGCCACAAGUCAGCCGGGUCAGGCGGGUCAGGUCCCGAAAUUGGAAGGCUUUCCAGAGGCGCAGGACUACUUCAAUCAGAUAGUUAGCGGCAUCAAUCACGUGAUCAAGACGCACAUGAACGAAAUGCACUCAAAGUUCGAGUCGCAAUUCUCGAACAUGGCCGGCGAGGUGAGACGCCGGGACGCGAUAAUUGCCCAGCUGCAGCUGAAGCUGCGCUCCAUCGAACAGAAAUCAACGAUGGCAACACCAACGCGUCGCAUUAAGCGGGAGAAGCUGCCGCAGCUCUCCGUGGACGAUGACGAGCCAGCUGAGCAGGAUAAUAGCAGUUCGGGCUCCUCGGCCGAGUUGCUCUUCAUGCGCGGCGACUCGCUGGACACUGUGUUCACCUCGUCGCCGCCCAUCCAGGGCGGUCGGCGCAGCAUAUCGCCUGGACCCAGCCGGCAUCAUGCGGCCUCCGCCAAUGCGCUCAACUGUCCGAGCAGCUACUACAGCGGGCCGGGCACAUUGACGACGCGGCACGCCCAGAGCCAGCCCAGCUUCUAUACGCCGCACGGCAAUGGGCGGCACAGUAGCCGGGCGGGCGUACUGCCCGGCUAUCGCGAUUGGCUUGAGCAUGGGACUGCCAGCAGCAGCAGUAUGGCAGGAGGCGCUGGCGCGAGCAGCUCUGGCAUGGGCAUGGGCGUGGCCAGCAGCAGCAGCGGCAGCGGAAGCGUCAGCGGCAGCGGCACCGGCAUGAUGGUCUCCGAUGUGACGGGCAACUUGACCCGUCUGUCGGACAGCGUCAUUUUGGAUAUUGGCGAGAGCUCCAGCUCGAGCUCAUCGUCGAGCAAGCUGAACAUUGCCGAUAUCGAUAUCGACGACGAUGACGAUGACGAGGCGGAGGAUGAGCUGAGCGGCGCGGCUCUGGUCACGGCGGCCACCAGCAGCGGCGCCGCCAGCGCCGCCAGCGCCGGCCACAACGACUGGGAGGUGCGAAUGCUGGCCGCCGAAAUGGAGCGGCAGGAGCGCAAGCGUGGCCUUUCCCUGUCCGACAAUUUGGGCGAGCUGCGCCACUGCAGCACAUUUCUGCGCAGGCGUCGCAAGUUCAGCGACACCGAAACCGAGCACAGCGAAACCGAUGCGGAUGAGCGUCUGGCGGCCAUCGGCGGUGCGGCUGCCGCCGAUGUGGAUGCCACAUUGGGCGUGGCCAGCGGAAACGGCAGCGGUAACGGCAGCGGCAGCGGCAGCGGCAGUAAUCGACCGCGUGCCUCGAGCCUGGAUCAGUUCAACCUGCGCUAUGGCAUUGGGCGUGGCAUCUUUAAAGCAAUGAGCAUCGAUCGUGAUAAAGACAAGCUUUGAGAACUAUAAUCCCAGCAGGACGCAACCAGAACAACAACAACAACAACAACCACCCACAGCAAUAACAGGAGCAAACCUGACAGACACAAACAAUAAGCUAAGCAAUACGAGCAGUAUUACAAAAGGAACCACACCCACACACACACACACACACACACCCACACGCACACACACACACACACACACACACUUCGAUAUACAAGACAGCAUAUAAAGAGGUAUGCUAUAUAUAUUCUAUAUAUAUGUUUAGCCCUUAACCAAUUCUCCAGAGCAAGAAAACCACAAGAAAAGAAAAAAACAGAAAAAAAAAGAUGAAAGUUAGGGAAAUCCUAUAGAAACACACAUAAAACCUAGUAUUAGAGGCAAGCAGCGAAGAGGAAGAACACAGCACACAAAAUAAGUCGAAGAGCGAUCCACGCUUUAGUCCAGAAACCCAAUUUAUCUUAGGCACAUGUCUUGCAUAUCCCA